AGAGAGAGAUAGAGAGAGGCAGAGACACAGGCAGAGGGAGAAGCAGGCUCCAUGCAGGGAUGUUGGAUUCGAUCCCGGGAUCCUGGGAUCACGCCCUAAGCCAAAGGCAGAUGCUCAACUGCUGAGCCACCCAGGUGUCCCCCCACUGUUUCUUUAAAGUGAGUUUCCACCCCAGGGAUUUUUGAAUUCUUGAUAUUGUCUUCCCCUUUUCCUCGUGAUUCCAACCUUGGCCCAAAUGUCACCCUCUCAGAGAGGCCUAGGGUGACCAGCUCGUCCUGUGUGGUCCCGAAACUUCCUAUAUUUAGCACUGAAAGUCUCACAUCCUGGGAAACCCCAUAACCUCAAACCAUGCAGGAUGCUUGGUCACCUUGGUCACCAUCCCCGGCUAUUCUAUGUGAAAUAAGCCCCAGCCAGUCAUCCCUAAGUUACUAUCAUAUCACUCUUCCUAGGAGCACGGGAAUUGUAUCCCUAGCACCUGGGUCAGUGUCUGACAAAUAGUAGGCACUCAAUAAACAUUUUUGGCUAAAUUAAUAAUUGAAGGAAAGGAGCUGACUCCUGCAGUCCGAAGCUUAAGACUUGUCACAUAAAAAUCUGCAAGAAGCAACCCAUUAGAAAGUGGCAAAAUCACUUCAGCAGGUGACCAUCAGCAUUUUCAUUAAAAUGAAUAGAAAAGAUCAAGCAUUGCCUAAAGUAUCAUGUUACGAACAUUUUGUCUCGGUUAGUGUAUGUUUGUGUGGACUGGGCCUUUGGGUCAAAUGUAUUUCUUGCUGCGAUGUUGUGGUCAAAAAUGUUUGAAAAUCACCUUUCUGGUAGUCAAAUGCAUGGGCUUUGGCACCAGACUGGGGGGUUUGAAGCCCCUACAAGCUGUUUGGCACUGGGCAAACUCACUCAUUCUUUCCAGACCUCAGUUUCCUGAUCUGUGACAUGGGGAUAACGCAUAGCACAUUUCUUAGGAUCUGAGUGUGAAAUUCAACUGAGUUAGCAUACGAAAAAAUGCUUAGAUCAGUGUCUGGCCCCUAAGAACAAUUUAAUCAGUGCUAACACGUAUGAUUACUUGUUGAGUGAAUGAAUGAAUGGAUGACUGACUGACUGAAUGAAUGAACGAAUAGGGCUGAGGUCUAAUCUUCCUUUAAAUUGCCCUGGCCCUUUCUUUCCAGAACAAAUCUUCUCUUUUACUGGGCCAGCCCCUUCUCCUGAAUAACUAUAUAUGUUUAUUUAUUCUGUUUAUUGUCAGUGUCCCCACAUUAGAGAAAAAGCUCCAGGAGAGUGUGGGUUGUUUGUCCUAUGCAUAGUUGAACCUACCAUCUGGGGAGGGAAGAAGGUUGGCAAACAUUUUUCUGUGAAAGGCUGGGUAGUAAAUCUUCCAGGCUCUGCUGAUGCCAUUCCAUCUUUGCGCAACGAAUUAACCCUUCGCUGCUCAGGCCUGCCCGUGUAGUGAGAAACCAGACUUCCGCGAUCUCUUAAAACGAUGGUCCUCCUGGCUGUGUUCCAAUAAAACUUUAUUGACAAACACAGGCGGACAUAAUUUGGGGUGCAGCCCGCCAACCCUUAAAAGAUAUCGAAACCACUAGAUUCGGUAAUACAAGAGCUUCAUAGUUUUUCCGCAUGCCACCCGAAGAGUCUUCUUUUGAUUGUUUUAAACCAUUUAAAAAAUACAUAUUUGAAAGCUCUCAGCUGGUGGUGCAUGAAAACCAGGCGGCGGGCAGGGUCGGAGUUUGCUGACCCCAGACUCGGACUCUGUCUGGACGUCCCGGGAAUCGAAUCGGUCGUGGAGCUUACACGAAGGGCCCCCCCGGGGAGUCACCGAGCCGCGGCCUUCCCGGAGCAGCGCCACCCACCGGGGGCCGCGCGCGCUUUCCGCUCGCCGACCCUCCGAGCAGCGCGCGCCUCCCGCCAAGCCACGCCCCCUCCGCGGCGAUUGGUUAAGCCUCGCCCUCGCCGGAACGCCCCCUCUGAUGGGCACUGCGGGCAGCCAAUGGGGUGCCGCGGGGGCUCACGCCCGGCCCUCCCCGCGCCCGUAGGAGGCGGGCGUGGGCGGGCCGUUGAGGGGCGGGGCGUGGAGCCUGGUAACCGUUGCCGGUAACAACGCCCCGCCCCGCCCCGUCGCGGCGGGCGGGCCGGCGGGCGGGCGCACGAGGCUGGCGAGCGGCGGGAGCGGGAGGAGGAGCGGCCGCCGCCGCCACCGCCGCCGCCAUAGAGACUGUAGCCGUGGAGACUGUUACUUACCAACGGGGACCAACACGCAGCAGCCGCUGCUGCCGCCGCGGGAGCCGCUGCCCGAACUCCCGGCCCGAACUCCAGAACUGAGCAUGCAGAACUCAGAGGGUGGAUCCGAUUCGCCGGCUUCUGUGGCUCUGUGUCCGUCGGCAGCAGCCCAGGCUCCCGUGGCCCGGCCUGUGCCAGCCUCCCCGCAGAGGGUGUUGGUCCAGGCAGCGGGCUCGGCUCCCAAAGGGGCUCAGAUGCAGCCAAUCUCCCUCCCCAGGGUCCAGCAGGUGCCACAGCAGGUCCAGUCCGUGCAACACGUGUACCCCCCGCAGGUGCAGUACGUGGAAGGCGGAGACGCCGUCUACACGAAUGGAGCCUUACGGACGGCCUAUGCCUACAACCCCGAGCCUCAGAUGUACGCCCCCAGCAGCGCAGCUUCUUACUUCGAGGCCCCAGACGGCACCCAGGUGACCGUGGCAGGCUCCUCCCCGCCGGCGGUCCCCUCCCACAGCAUGGUGGGCAUCACCAUGGAUGUUGGGGGGAGCCCCAUUGUCUCCAGCGCGGGAGCCUAUCUCAUCCACGGGGGGAUGGACAGCACCAGACACUCCCUGGCCCACACUUCCCGGUCAUCGCCAGCUACGCUUGAAAUGGCGAUUGAAAACCUCCAAAAAAGCGAAGGGAUCACUUCACACAAAAGCGGUUUACUCAACAGCCAUCUCCAGUGGCUGUUGGAUAACUACGAAACCGCAGAAGGCGUGAGUCUCCCCAGAAGCUCUCUCUACAACCAUUACCUUCGGCACUGCCAGGAGCACAAGCUGGACCCCGUGAAUGCCGCCUCCUUCGGGAAGCUGAUCCGCUCCGUGUUCAUGGGCCUGCGGACACGGCGGCUGGGCACCAGGGGCAACUCCAAAUAUCACUACUAUGGGAUCCGUCUGAAACCAGACUCGCCUUUGAACCGGCUGCAGGAGGACACCCAGUACAUGGCCAUGCGGCAACAGCCCAUGCAUCAGAAGCCAAGGUACCGGCCAGCCCAGAAGACCGACAGCCUUGGGGACAGUGGCUCGCAUGGCAGCCUGCACAGCACACCGGAGCAGGCCAUGGCCGCCCAGAGCCAGCACCACCAGCAGUACAUAGAUGUCUCUCACGUCUUCCCGGAGUUCCCAGCGCCUGACCUGGGCAGCGUCUUGCUGCAGGAGAGCAUCACGCUGCACGACGUCAAGGCGCUGCAGCUGGUCUACCGGAGGCACUGUGAGGCAACUCUAGAUGUUGUGGUGAACCUCCAGUUUCACUACAUUGAGAAGCUGUGGCUUUCCUUCUGGAACUCGAAAGCUUCCUCGGGUGAUGGCCCGGCCUCCCUACCUGCCAGCGACGGGGAGCCCGAGGGUGCCGUCCUGCCGAAGGACAAGCUGGUGUCUCUGUGUAAAUGCGAGCCCAUUCUCAAGUGGAUGAGGAACUGCGACCACAUCCUGUACCAGGCCCUGGUGGAGAUCCUCAUCCCCGACGUGCUGCGGCCAGUGCCCAGUACCCUGACACAGGCCAUCCGUAAUUUCGCCAAGAGCUUGGAAGGCUGGUUGACGAACGCCAUGAGAGACUUCCCACAGCAGGUCAUCCAGACCAAGGUAGGCGUGGUCAGUGCCUUUGCCCAGACCCUGCGCAGAUACACGUCCCUCAAUCACCUCGCUCAGGCAGCCCGGGCGGUGCUUCAGAACACUUCCCAGAUCAACCAGAUGCUCAGUGACCUCAACCGCGUGGACUUUGCCAACGUGCAGGAGCAGGCCUCGUGGGUGUGCCAGUGCGAGGAGAGCGUGGUGCAGCGGCUGGAGCAGGACUUCAAGCUGACCCUACAGCAGCAGAGCUCCCUGGACCAGUGGGCCAGCUGGCUCGACAACGUGGUCACCCAGGUCCUGAAGCAGCACGCCGGCAGCCCCAGCUUCCCCAAAGCUGCCCGGCAGUUCCUUUUGAAAUGGUCCUUUUAUAGCUCCAUGGUGAUCCGCGACCUCACGCUGCGCAGCGCCGCCAGCUUCGGCUCCUUCCACCUGAUCCGCCUGCUUUACGACGAGUACAUGUUCUACCUGGUGGAGCACCGUGUCGCGGAGGCGACUGGAGAGACGCCCAUUGCUGUGAUGGGAGAGUUCAAUGAUCUCGCCUCCCUGUCGCUGACACUGCUUGAUAAAGAUGACAUCAGUGAGGAUCGUGGCAGUGAGGCUGACCCCGACGCCCGCAGCCUGGGGGAGCCCCUGGUGAAGCGAGAGCGCAGUGACACGAACCACUCCUUGCAGGGCAUCUAGCUCUGUGGUGCCUUCCUCAGGCUCCGGACCAGGACCCUCUAGCUCCACUGCAAUAGUGCCUCUUAGAUGAUGUGACUUUUGAUCUGACUCAUGGGGCACCAGUGCACCCUCAAAGAGCACACCAUUCUUCAAGAAGAAAACCGAUGUUAACCACAACAGAAGGUCACAUCAGACUCCUGAGUGCCUGAGCUGCUCACCUGGCACCUCCUGGGUCACCUUUUCCUUCUGAGUGUUCUUGUCCUUUCCUCUGCCAGACAGUGACCUUUGUUCCAACUCUACACAUCCUGCCUGAGAGCUGAAAGGGGCCAUGCUGGACGAGCUGGCACCUCCACAUUGGGCUUCUCUUCUGUUCAGCUGCCUCCAGCUUCCACCAUGAUUUUUUAAAACUCAGAUCACAGGAGAAAAGGGGUGUCCUGUAGCUGUUGGGCUAUACUGAGCUGACCAGUGUCCGCAGAGCCCCCGCCCUGGUGCUUUGUGGGGGGAAGAGACCAUCUCAGCGCUGUGCCCAGGGCCUCCUACACUGCCAGCUAUGCUGAGGCACAGAUGCUGGCCCACAGGAGCCCCAUCUGCAGACACCAAAGGUCCCCAGAAGCAGCCAUCAAUCGUUGAGUCCCUGGGCCAUGCACAGCCCAAGGCCCCAUGUGGCUCAAAGAACAAGUCACAGAAAAGGCUUGCCCAAGCCAAGACACAGUGGUGUCUCAAGAAUCAAAACCAGAAGUUUUAUCAGCAACUGGAAGGACUUGGGUUCUAUCCAAGUUCAUAGCCAACAACAAGCCAAACUACUGAGUCUGGAAUGAGUUUGUUCCGAGGGGGCUGGGUGGUCAGUGUUUCAGUGCCGCCUUCCAAGGGCAGCCAUUGAGCCAAGUCUGCUUGGCUCCUGCUUCAUAGAAUCUUCUGGAUGUCUGCCUUUGAAUUAGCGAUCCUGGAGCACUUUGACCCUGGGCAUGUCCCAUCUUGAACUACUCAAAAUCAAAACUCUUCUCUGGGAUAAAUGAAUCCUAAGGACUUGCACAGUCCUUGAACUUUGGACACUCCAGAUCUGUAUCCGUCAUAACACAUUUGCACUUGGUUAGCUCCAUGCAAGAGUUCUGCCCCUAAACCAGCUAUAAAGAAGACAGACAAACCUCUGGUCUAGGAAGCACCAUCUUUUUGAAAUGCAACAGUUUUUCCUUUUGGAAAUAUGUUUAUACCAAUAGUUUUGUGCUCUAAUUGUUAUUAGAACGUUUCUUAUGAACAUGUAUAUUGCAGUAUAUUCGGCCCCCAAUAUUUUUUUUCUCAUUCACGCAGAAGGUACUAAUGUAAACUCACGUGGCCUUUAAAAACCUUACUUCCCGACAAGCGGGAGCGCCGUGCACUCCUAGGCCGUGCCAGGUGUGCAGGGAGGUGUGGAGGGGAAACACAAGAAAGAUAGGCGCUUAUUUUAGAAACCAAAAGUCUGUAUAAUAAUCACAAUGUUUGUCUGGUUUUACAGUUCAAGACUCAGAUGAAAUCAGACACAAAGAAUGUCUUUAAAAUAUAUAUCUCCUCUCCUGGGAGACAUUUAAGCUCACGGUUCACGGAGUGUAAUGGCCUGCCUUUUCUUCCAUGUGUGGUAAGCAGUACAAACUGGGUUUCCGCCUUAUGCUCCUGCCUUUGCAGGAUUCCACAAGGAACAAUACAAAUGACAGUAAAGACGUGCACCUUCCAA